AUGGAGCUGGCGGUCGGGAACCUCAGCGAGGGCAACGCGAGCUGGCCGGAGUCCCCCGCCCCGGAGCCCGGGCCGCUGUUCGGCAUCGGCGUGGAGAACUUCGUCACGCUGGUGGUGUUCGGCCUGAUCUUCGCGCUGGGCGUGCUGGGCAACAGCCUAGUGAUCACCGUGCUGGCGCGCAGCAAGCCGGGCAAGCCGCGGAGCACCACCAACCUGUUCAUCCUCAACCUGAGCAUCGCCGAUCUGGCCUACCUGCUCUUCUGCAUCCCCUUCCAGGCCACGGUGUACGCGCUGCCCACCUGGGUGCUGGGCGCCUUCAUCUGCAAGUUCAUCCACUACUUCUUCACCGUGUCCAUGCUGGUGAGCAUCUUCACCCUGGCCGCGAUGUCCGUGGACCGCUACGUGGCCAUCGUGCACUCGCGGCGCUCCUCCUCCCUCAGGGUGUCCCGCAACGCGCUGCUGGGCGUGGGCUGCAUCUGGGCGCUGUCCAUUGCCAUGGCCUCGCCCGUGGCCUACCACCAGGGCCUCUUCCACCCGCGCGCCAGCAACCAGACCUUCUGCUGGGAGCAGUGGCCCGACCCUCGCCACAAGAAGGCCUACGUGGUGUGCACCUUCGUCUUCGGCUACCUGCUGCCGCUCCUGCUCAUCUGCUUCUGCUAUGCCAAGGUCCUUAAUCACUUGCAUAAAAAGUUGAAGAACAUGUCAAAGAAGUCUGAAGCAUCCAAGAAAAAGACUGCACAGACAGUUCUGGUGGUGGUCGUGGUGUUUGGAAUCUCCUGGCUGCCGCACCACAUCAUCCAUCUCUGGGCUGAGUUCGGAGUUUUCCCGCUGACGCCGGCUUCCUUCCUCUUCAGAAUCACCGCCCACUGCCUGGCGUACAGCAAUUCCUCCGUGAAUCCUAUCAUUUAUGCAUUUCUCUCUGAAAAUUUCAGGAAGGCCUAUAAACAAGUGUUCAAGUGUCACAUUCGCAAAGAUUCACCCCUGAGUGAUACUAAAGAAAAUAAAAGUCGAAUAGACACCCCACCAUCAACCAAUUGUACUCAUGUGUGAUAAAAGAUAGAGUAUCCUUAUGGUUGAGUUUCCAUAUAAGUGGACCAGACACAGAAACAAAUAGAAUGAGCUAGUAAGCGAUGCUGCAACUUGUUAUCUUAACAAGAAUUCAAGUCAUUUUAAUUAAAUCCCACCUGUGUUAAAAAGUACUUUGAUCCAUUUAGGAAAUUCCUAGGUCUAGUGAGAAUUAUUUUUCAAUUUCAUUUUAGUUCUAAAUUAUGUUUCAGAAACAAACGACAAUGCUGUACAGUUUUAUUCCUCUUCAGAAAUGAAAGGGAACAUAUAUAUUCCAUAUAUAUGUUCAACUCUUCAUAGAUUGUGAACUGGCCCAUCAAUAUGGUCAGGAAUAUUUGCAGUCUACAUAUUAAAGCCAAUUUAUUUAGAAAAAAAAUUUGAGCUUUAAUUCUUUAAUUUUAAGAGAAGUAAUAUUGUGAACUAUGUAUUUUAAAAUAUGAUCAUGGACACACAAUGAUGAAUUUUUUGGCCAUUUACAUAGACAUAUCUAUUAAGUGGAAAGAAGGCUUUCUGAAGUCUGUUUGCACAGGUGGCAUUUGCUUCCAAUUGUAGCUAGCGCACAGAGCUUUGGAAGCCUGUCGUUAGGAGAUACAGUCGGUUUACCUCAGGAGUCAAUUCAGUGUUGUACUGGUGACCUGGGAUGCAGUAGUAGGCACUGUUGAUUCAAAUUUAUCCUGUGAAACUGGCUUUAUAGAGUUAACAAAACAGAGUCAGAGACCACUGUCUUAACAGUGGAAGAUGCAAAUAAGUUUUUGAGAAUAAAACCGGAUUUUGAAAUUUUACAUUAGUACUUGACAAAAGUUUUCAUUUUGCCUUGAAUGGAACCUACUAAAAAGAGAUGAAAAAAAAUCAGCGAGGUUGAUGUAGAUAAUAAUUUCUAUGGGACCAAAGACUAGACAGAAUUCAGUAAGUCACAUGAAGUAAUGGUCAUGCCUGUACAUAAAGCAUAUUUCAUGUUUGAUUUAGAUGACAUUCAAAAAAAAUCAUGGGACUGAAUAUACCUAGGGGUAUCCUAUCUUGUACAAAUGCAUGCUUUUUCAUUAAAUUUGUAAUGAUGUUUAAUGAACAUUUCCACCAAACAUUAUUUCCUCUAAAAAUGUUAAUUUGGGGUUAAAACCAUCACCAUUUGAAUUUCAAAUGUAGUUUUCAUGACAAUUUUAUAUUGAUGUGUGUUUACAAUGAGAAAAUGGCAUGAAAAUAUUAAAUUAUCUUGUAUCGGAAAAGUACUUUUCAGACUGUAAGACUUUGAUAUGUUUUAGGAGGCAACAAAAGCAAGAAGUUUUUUUUUUUGUUGGUUUGUUAAAAAGGAUUUGGCCAGGCACAGUGGCUCAUGCCUGUAAUUCCAGCACUUUGGGAGGUCCAGCUGGGUGGAAUGUACUUGAGCUCAGGAGUUUGAGACCAGUGUGGGCAACAUGGCAAAACUCGGUCUCUACUGAAAAUACAAAAAUUAGCUGGGUGUGGUGGCGCACGCCUGUAGUUUCAGCUACUCUGGAGGCUGAUGUGGGGGAUCACCUGAGCCCGGGAGGUCCAGGAUGCAGUCAGUCUAGACUGCACCACUGCACUUCAGCCUGGAUGACACAGUAAGACUCUGUCUAAAAUAUAUAUAUAUGUGUGUGUGUGUGUGUGUGUGUGUGUGUGUGUAAUGUACCUCUGUGCCAAAUCAGCACUCCACAUGAAACAUCAAAUUUUAGAUAAAAAUGCAAACUUGACAUAAGCCUUUGGCAUGCUAAUUUUUUUAGCUCAUUCACUUACUUUCACUAAUCAUAUUUCAGUGACUAGUGUUUACAUUUGCAAUGUUAUUAAUAACUCUCUGGAUAAAAGGAAAGAAAAACGUUAGAAAGAUUUUGAAGUGAUGUAUUAUGUUUGUUGACUAGAAGAAGAAAUUGUGUUUAUGUGUAAGUGAGGGUCUUAAAGAAUAUGUCCUUUGCAUCGAAUGUUUUUUGCACUUUAUUCAAAUAUAUAGGAGCAGAAAAAUUUUAUCCUGACGAUGAUACUUCCUGUGAUUUGUGGAACUUGAAGUUGCUGUUGCAAACUCCAGAACAACUUCUUUGGGUGUGAAUUCACAAAACUGUGUAAAGAAGUGCCUUCUUGUUGUGUUUGAGUUUGCAUGAAUGGAAAUGAUUUCUUGCACCAUGGCUAUUUCUUUGUUUUCUCCUUCUGAUCUGUAAGCAUAUAAAUGGAAGUAUUUAAAAAAAUACUGUAGCUAAUGUUGCUAUUUUCUAGAGGCAUGCCGAAAAUGUGCUGUGCCUUUGGUCCUUCCCAGAUGCUACUGGCACGUCUGAAGCUUGAGGCAUGGUACAAAAGUAAUAGCUCGCACUUGAAACCCCCCCCCCGCACUUUGCUAAAUGUAAAUGCUAAUUGUUGCAUUUUACAGUUAGAUAGGAUAUACUUCCUGCAUAUUGUCAUUCUAAUCAAUUCCUCUUACUCAGAGUUUUGGCUGAGUCUACUUCUAAAACAAAUUUUGAUAGGGAUAAUGAUAUCUUCUGCAAAGAUCUAAACCUGUACAAAAUUUUCUGAAUAAAGAGUUUCAGAAGAACUCGUAAACAGAAUGAAAUUAACCAGAGAAGUAUAGGAGCGUGUUGCAUUUGCCAAGCAUCUGCUUCCCAGCUAGAUUUCCCCCUAAUAUACAAUGACCAAUUCUGAAGCACCUUCUUUUCCGUCACUAAAUAAAGACAGCUUCCCAAGGACACACUCUUUCUCCCAGCAUCAGGUUGAGGGAGAAAUAUUGCGUAUACCUUUGAAGUCAGGCUGCUUGAAACCCACAUUUUCAGUUUACUUCAAAGAAAACUGAUGCUUUCUAAGUAGAUUUGGCUGUCUCGGUGCCCAAGGCAGCUGUUAUUUUCCUAGGCUUUUUGCUUUCACAUAAGGAGACAGGCUUUGGGAUAUUUAGUGGCUGAAAUGCUUGCUGUUUCACAUGCAUAAGCAACCAUUUCAGUGUCCUGCUGAUGAAUACAGUGAUGUGGAUGGAAACGUUUUCUUGUCCUAUAUCCCGGGGAUAGGAAACAGAUUCUCUGUGCUCUUCUGACCGGGUGUGUGUUCAGCAAUAUGGGGGACUGAGGCCAUUUUCUGAAUACUUUAGGUAAAUUACUUUUGCUUUUAACUAAAUUGUUUUAUUUUACACAUUGGGAGUAAAACCAUUUACUGCCCCAUCCCAAUCUCUUGUGCUUUUAUCUUUUUUAUCCUAACUCACUUCUAUCCAGAUUUCCUCUCGAUAAUAUUUACCACAGAUAAAUUCCUCCUUCGGCGCAGAUAUAACAAAUCAGAGUCGGGAGGAGAGGUGCUUAAGGAACUGCAUGAGUCAUGCAAGGCUCAGAACUUCUUGUGGCUCAACUCGAAAUCAUAUUGCAUUCCUGCAUUCUCCCAGAUGCUUUGAGGCAGUGCAGCGAUCAUUCUAAUAUGUUAACCGAGACCCAAGAUCUCAGCAGGAGAGGACAGCUUAUCCAAGCAUCCCUUUCCUUUUCAGUCAUGGCCAUGGCUAUCUGUAAACACCAAAAUGCUCAUGCUGAAGCAGCAUUACAUUGAGGAAAAUAACCUGUUGGGCAGCUUCAUCAUGUUCUUGCUUUAAAUGAUUUAUCAAAUACAUGUAUGUAAACUACAAAGUCACUAACUGCGAAAAUACAUCAAUGUGGCUACUUCCUCUGGAAAGUUACUGUCUAAAAUUUGUAAAUUUUAAUCUUCACUGUUGCACAUAUUUUCCAUGUCUUAAAUUUGUAAGUGGGUUUCUAUUAAAGGUAAUCAUAUUCUUCUUGACCAUUAAAAAUGUUGCAUGUAAGGCUAUUUCUCAAGUAGAUGUUAAUGACUUGUUUAUUGACUUACUUAUUUUAAAAGCUGUAUGUAGUAAGAACAAGUAGGUGGUUUAAAAUUCAGAUAGUUACAUGUUGGCCUGGAAAGAACAAAAUUAUGAAAUGGUAAUUAUAUCUGAUUUUAUUUAACCAUAUUUUAAUAUUUUCUCUUUUAGAAGUGGAAAAGUUGAGCCUGAGGAAGAAUUUAAAAUGCUUAAGACAUCUUUGAUGGGGGCUGUAUUUGCAUUAGGCAGAGGUGUCUAAGGAGAGUGUAUCGUGUAUUGUGAUGCAUUAGCAGGAUGUUUUGUUCAUCGACUUGCGAAAGUGCUGUGGAUAAUAGAUGGUGGUUUCUUUUCUUAGUGUGGCGGGUUCACUCACAUUCAUGUUUUUGACUUUAGCUGCCAUCCUGGGGUUCUGAGGGCAGCAUGUCUGUUUGACUGGGCAAGACCCUCACAUACCUUGGCAGGCCCUGGCUUUCGCUUCUCUGUGGUGCCUGGUGCUACUUACAGUGCUGACUCACGGGCAGAUGCUCCCCAUCCUUCCCCAUAGGCCCUGUUCCCGCAUCCGAUGAUUCUCAGGUUUUGUUCUAGGUGGAGAAAUAGUGGGAGAGGCCAUAAUCGUGAAUGAUGAAUAAGAAGGGAAGGUGGGGCCGGGCGUGUGACUUAUGCCUGUAAUCCCAGCACUUUGGGAGGCUGAGGCGGGUGGAUCACCUGAGGUCGGGAGUUCGAGACCAGCCUGACCAACAUGGAGAAACCCCGUCUCUACUAAAAAUAAACAAAAAUUAGCCAGGUGUGGUGGCACACAUGUGUGAUCCCACCUACUCAGGAGGCUGAGGCAGGAGAAUUGCUUGAAUCUGGGAGGUGGAGGUUGCAAUGAGCCUAGAUUGCACCAUUGCACUCCAGCCUGGACAGCAAGAGUGAAACUCUGUCUCAAAAAAAUAAAAAUUAAAAAAAAAAAAAGAAGGGAAGGUGGCCAGUGAGGGUUUUAUCUUUGUAUUCACUGGAAAUAACCUCAGCUGAAUUUUCUCUCUGCAUCUUUUCAAUGUUGGCUCCAUUUGCCAUACUCAGACAACUGCUUGAAGAGCUGAACUGUUAGCUCAAGAUUUUGUUGGCACUGUUGGAUAGAAAGCCUCUCCUUUUCUGCUGGAGAACAGAUUUCUCAGGCCAAGUUGUGUAGCUCCAAAUUCUCCGCAAUUAGAGAAGGCACAGUAAAGAAAAGAUCCCUUGCUGAUGGAAUGGACUGGAACUGAGCUCCACUGUUUAAAUUUUUGACUCUCAGGUAGUGGUGAUCAUUAUGGUAACCCAUGAACUCGGAUGAAUUUUGGGGCCUGCUGUGGGUUUUCUAUGGGACACCAUAUACCACAGUACUGUAUUUCAAAAUAUUGGAUAUUGAUUAUGAACACUGGAACUAUUUAUGUGUCAUCAUUCCAAAGACCAUUGUGAUCUAUGAAGCUCCUUUAUUUAUUGGCUAGAUUGCCCAAAAACAAGUGAGCUUGUUUUUGACAGAAGUAAAUUUCUUUGUCUUCUUUUUUUGAGGUGGAGUCUCACCUAUCACCCAGGCUGGAGUGCAGUGGCACGAUCUCAGCUCACUGCAAGCUUCGCCUCCCCAGUUCAUGCCAUCCUCCCACCUCAGCCUCCCGAGGAGCUGGGACUACAGGCACCCGCCACUGUUUGUGGCUUGUGAGCUUGUUUUUGGGCAAUCUAGCCAAUGUGUCACAUAAUGGGGAAAAAUGCAGAUGGUCCUGUGGCUGGUGUGAAUGAAGAAUGACCUGGGCCCAACAUAGAACUUUUCCAGUAUGGUGAGCAUCAAAGUAGGCAGACAUCCAAAAGCCAAGUGAAGGGCAGAUAGAUCCCCAGGUGCCACCCAGGCUCUGCAGGCAAAGCUCUCAGGGCCCCAUAUGUGUUUGUGUGGCCUGCACUGUGUAAGUGUCGUUCCCUUAGGACUUCUGCAAUGGGAUACCAAAGAUGACGUGUAAGGCCUUCAGUAUAUAAUGGACUUGUGCCAAGUACCUAAGGGUUCAUCGCCUUGUUUGAGGAAUCGCAGAGCAUCAUUUCUGAUUGGUUCUUAGAGCCUGCAUCUUGUACCACUGGGACUUCUGGAGACCUCUGGGGACCGUUGACUAUGCUGGGAGGGUGGAGAAAUGAAGCUGAUGGCAGAAGCAGGCUCCCAGCUCCUCUUCUUCUGCUCAGCCAGGUGAUUCUUACCUCCAUUGGCCUUUGGAUGUCUGCGUAAUAAUUUGUUGAGAAUCAUUAGAGAACAACUAAUCCAAAAAAUCUAUCAUCUUUUAUUUGUGUUGACUUUCUGAUUACACCUUCAUUCACUCUUUUAUUACUCAUACACAUGUCUGUUUUUAUUCUUCCCUACUCUUUUCUUAAAGUUGGUCAUAUUUCUACACUUGAGAUCUUCCAAUUUCUGUGAAUGUUGAGGGGUUCACAAAGUGGCUUGGCCUCAGACCUCUAUAUCCUUGUUGUUCUGUUUGGACUUAGGACUUUUUUCCUGGCUAUCCUGCCAAUACUUUUCCAUCUAACAGAAACACAAGCUUCAUGAGCAAGUUAUUUUUAUAACAGAUCAUGUGAGCAAUUCCUCCAUAGCAUUGGUUGUAGAACAGGUCAGUUGGCAUGUGGCCUCCUGAGGGCCUUGCAUGGGGUUCUGGACCCAGCGGGGGCCACAUCUCUGAGAAUUCGUUCCCUGUGGGUGUCUGGGGUGCAUCGUUACUUCUGAGAUGUUAUGACUCAGCAGAUGAGAUUUGUCCGUCUGCUCAGUGAGAGGAAUUCCAAUGCUGGGUCUUGACUCCCGCUGCAGGGAGCUCUCUGGGCCCGGGCAUGUUGGAUGGAGUUGUGACGGGUGUGCCUCCCUCAGACUUACUCUGGCCAGGAACUGCAUCUGCUCCUCUAAGGAGAUUUGAGCAGGUGAAUGGAGUUUCCGUCAUUCCCGGUCUAGAGUUCAUGUGUGAAGGUCAAAUAUAGGUGGGGACUUGGCAGCACACAACUCUGAGUGAAAGACACGAUCAGCGUGAUAGACAGGUGUCUUGCUAUGUGACUUGCCAUUGCGGUCACUGGUUAUACAAAGUCUCCGUUUAGAAAUAGCAAAGAUCCAAGAAAGCAGAAGAGUGGGGGUGGGAGCGGGGCUAAAUGUGUUGCUCUUCAGUGGAAAUCUGCCCAUUUUGUUGGAAAGAAAGGAAACAGGGUACACAAAUGCUGUUUGGGAACAUUGUGUCAGGAUCACCUAGCUUUGACGAUGAGAGUGUUUUUUAAAACGGAAACCAUGUCAUUUUCCUUCUAGAGAGAAUUUCCUGGUAUGUCAAUGUAGCUUCAGAAAUAGGUCUCAGUGUUCUGGCUCAGGGCGAGUUACAAAAGAGGCUUCGGUAGCGUCCUCAGGCCCGCGUGCCCUAUGUUCUUCACAGCCUCAUGGGGCCUAGAGGAACUUUUACAUGGUAGACACUGAGUGAAUACACAGAUUCCUAGAUUUGAGAUAUUUUCAAAAUAGGGCUAGCAUGUAUAAAGAAUCAAACUUAGUCAUUCCAUUGAAAUAAAAUUGGAUUAUAAUUUAGAAAUAUUUAUAAGCCAGAAAUGGAUGUGUAAAUGUUAGUUUUCAUAUUUUGGUUUUCUAAGAGUCACAUUUUAUUGCCAUAUAGCACAAAAUUUGACAAUGAGGUAUAGAAAUCCAAAGUUUUCUUGGAUACAAUUGAACAAAUCUUUUAAUCUCUUCAGUUCUAUCUGCCUAAGUGAGGAGAGUAGUUGUGGAGCAUUGUAGAAAGGAUAAAAUGAACAUUAGGAUACUGAGGGUUUGGUCUGAAUUCUGUUUUUUCAUUGCUACUGGAAGUGCUGUCUUUGGUAUCCUCAUGCAUACGAGAAGGAUUUGGAAAAGGUCAGUGAGUUUGAAACUGGCUGCACAGUUGAAUGAGCUGGGCAGUUGAAAGUACCCGUGAUGCUCUGGCCUUACCUUAGAUCAGAGAUUCUCAUAUUUUAUCAAGCAUCAGAAUCACCUGCAGAGCUUGUUGAAUGCAGAUUGUUGGCCACAUCUCCAGAAUUUCUCAUUCAGUAGAUUUGGGAUGGGGCCCAAAGAUUUGCAGCUGGUCCAGAGACCACCUUGUGAGAUCUACUACCUGAUUUAAUUGGUUUGAAGGUGAAGGUGGAGUCCAGGCUUUUUAAAAUAAAUAGUGUCUGUAUUUUCAGAGCAGAUAACCAAUCAAAUUGAGCAGAUGGUCUUUUAAAGUCUAAGCUUCUAUGGUUCUGUGAAAAAAAUUGUUUACAUGGAAUUUAAAUCAUUCAGAAUUUUUAUUGCUUACAUUGAUCAGAUCCAUAAAAUAUCUGUUUAACUAUUACAUUACCCUAGCUACAGAAAUUUGUAAGUUUUCAAAAGCAUGAAGGAGUUUAAUAACUUGUAAGACUUUCAGAGAUUGUUAUAAUUUUUGCCUCAAAAAAAUAAAAUAAAAUAGCUUGGUGGAAAAGAGCACCUAUGCAUUCAAUUUGUUUCCCUCAAAUGCUAAGGGUUAAAAUAGUACUCAAAAUUGUUAGAUGUGAAGUUUUGAACCCAGUGUUUAAACUCAGUGUUUAAAUAUUUGCAUGUCUUUCUAUGUGACUGCUAAUUUUUAACUACAUUAUUAUCUCUAAGAGAUAAAUAAACUUUCCCUGUACUUAAAGUUUUUAAAUUAAGUAUCUUCUGAUAACAUAAGUAGUAUGAGUAAGGAAAAAAAUCUAUGUGUACUGUAUUUUUAAAUUUUAAUAAGGUGUGAUAUGGUUUGGCUCUGUGUCUCCACCCAAAUCUCACCUUGAAUUGUAAUAAUCCUCACGUGUCAAGGACCAGCAGGUGGAGAUAAUUGAAUUAUGGGGCCAGUUUCUCUCAUACUGUUCUUGCGAUAGUGAGUUCUCACGAGAUCUGAUGGUUUUAUAAGCAUCUAGCAUUUCCCCUGCUGGUACAUUCUCUCUUCGCCUGCUGCCAUCCAUGUAAGAUGUGACUUGCUCCUCCUUGCUCUCUGCCAUGAUUGUGAGGCUUCCCCACCACUUGGAAAUGUAAGUCAAUUAAACCACUUUCUUUAGUAAAUUGCCCAGUCUCGGGUAUGUCUUUAUCAGUAAUGUGAAAACGGACUAAUACAAUGUGAUUGUUUAAAUGCUGAUAUGAAAGCAGUGCUGAAUGUGGAUCUUCUUAUGCCAGAUACUGUUAUAAUUAUUCUCUAGAGAGCUGGCCAUACAAUUUAUCUCAUUAUUUAUAGAUCUAGCAUGAAUGCCAGUAAGCUGACAAAGCCAAAAGCCAAAAACUAAGAGUUUGUAUUAAUCCAGUUAAUGCCAAAUCUAGUCACCCUCCAUCAUCCUACCUCUGUGUUCUGCAUGAAAUAUAAUUGGCCUUUGUGAUGGAACCAGUUUUCUUGCAUUGAAAAUAAAAUUUGUUCCUCAAAA